CGCCGCGGUGCGCAGGCGCAGCCGUCGGUGGGUCGGGUCUUCGGUCGACUGAGAGAUCCUGAGCAAGCAGUGUCACCUCACUAGUCUCGAGAUGGACAACAGGAAGCGCCUGGCCUAUGCCAUCAUCCAGUUCCUCCAUGGCCAGUUGCGGCACGGUGGGCUCUCGUGUGACGCCCAGGAGAGCCUAGAGGUUGCCAUCCAGUGUCUGGAGACAGCCUUCGGGGUGACGCUGGAGGACAGUGACCUUGCUCUCCCCCAGACCCUGCCAGAGAUAUUUGAAGCAGCCACUUCCAGCAAGGAGAUGCCACAGGACCCGCGGGCCCCUGACAGGACACCACCCUCUGAAGAGGACUCAGCUGAGGCAGAGCGCCUCAAAACGGAAGGCCACGUGUGGCUCCCAGAAGGCAGGUGGUCUUGGCAUUUAACCCAGGCUGACCCUCCCUGUCCAUGGCUCUGCAUGGGAUGUGUUUGGCUGGAAAACAAGCUUGUGUAAGCUGGAUUCUUGUUAUUGUCACCAGAUGCAGCAUUGGACCACCAUGGACCCUGCUCUGCCACUGUGCACCUGGCACACACAAAGCUGGCAUCUGUCCCCAAUACCACAUUCACCAGGCUUAUGUCACAUCUGUUGUCCCCACAUGGGAGAGGCAGGGAGGGUCAAGAGCUGGUUACAUCAUAAGUUGGAGGACAGCCUAGGAUUCAUGACCCCUCACCUGAAGAAAAAAAGUCCCAGUGUGACCUAAGGAUCAGAUCUUCCUUUGGGAAUCUUAGACCAGAGGAGAUAGGUGUUAUAUGGGCAGCAUGGGCCAGCCUGGGCUCCUCUGCCUCUCUCUCUCUCUCUCUCCCCCCCUGCAGGUAAUGAGCAGAUGAAGCUGGAGAACUUCGAGGCGGCUGUGCACCUCUACGGCAAGGCCAUUGAGCUCAACCCUGCCAAUGCUGUCUACUUCUGUAACAGAGCUGCGGCCUACAGCAAGCUGGGGAACUACGUGGGGGCCGUGCAGGACUGCGAGCGCGCCAUUGGCAUCGACCCUGGGUAUAGCAAGGCCUAUGGCCGCAUGGGCCUUGCACUAUCCAGCCUGAACAAGCAUGCAGAGGCUGUGGCAUACUACAAGAAGGCCCUGGAGCUGGACCCUGACAACGACACAUACAAGUCCAACCUCAAGAUUGCAGAGCUGAAGUUACGGGAGGCGCCAAGCCCUACGGGCGGCGUGGGCAGCUUAGACAUCGCUGGCCUGCUGAACAACCCACACUUCAUCACCAUGGCUUCGAGCUUAAUGAACAGCCCCCAGCUACAGCAGCUCAUGUCGGGCAUGAUCUCCGGAGGCCAUAACCCUCUGGGCACGCCAGGCAGCAGUCCGCAGCAGAGUGACCUGGCCAGCCUCAUCCAGGCGGGCCAACAGUUUGCACAGCAGAUGCAGCAGCAGAACCCAGAGUUUGUGGAGCAGAUCCGGAGCCAGGUGGUGCGCAGCCGGACACCCAGUGCCAGCCAUGAGGAGCAGCAAGAGUGACAACGGUGACCCGAGUGUCCCUUCGCUCCGCGGCCUCCUGGUGUUUUAGCAUUUUCUCCGUCGGGCAGCUCGAGAGAGAAACUGGACCUGCAUGUUAAGACGGACUCGUCCCCACCUUGUGUUUUCCUUCAUCCCUCCCCUUCGGUUUUGUACUCUUACUGGCCCCACACCUCCCUGGAGGAGUCUACAGAAGACGACACACCAGCACCAGUUCCUCCAGCCACCUAGGAGCUGCAGGGAGGGGUGGGGUGAGUGUGAGUCACUGAGUGACAGCCUGGGCCCUCAGGUCUCAGGCCCCACCCUGCCGGGUUCCUCCUAAAGGGACUUGAGUAGCUGACUCUCAUCCCCACUGCCAGCCCCAGCUGGGCACCAGCGUCCCACACCCUCGCCUGGUUGCAGGUCCCAGCAGGUGCCCCCGCCUGCCUUAUUCCAGUGGCCUGUGCCACAUAGGACUGAGGCCUGUGACUUCUGCCCAGCGUGUGGACCAUCCGUGUCUCUUUCCAGCUUCCCCUCCAUCUUUACAGCCAUCAGCCAAUCCUAACUUUGUGUCCAGUCCAGCACCAUCCUCAGCCUGGGCAGCAGACAUAGACAUUGACCCAUCUGUGUCAUCCUAUCCUUGAUCUCAUGGGAAUUCAAUGUCUGGGGUUGGCAGGGAGUUUCGGGGUAUCGGCCCUGAAGCAGCCACCAGAACCAUCUUUGUUGGGGUCAGUCUGAGUGAGGGUGUGGAUGUUCCCACACACAUUCUUGGCCCUAGGAGCAGGUGAUGAGAUCACAGGACAGCUGAACCCUUGGGGGGUCAUGAUGGCAUCAGGCUUUGGCAGAUAGUGUCAGAGCUGUGUGUGUGGUAGGUAGCCAGUAGGAAGAUGGGCCCCCGAGGGCAGCAGCGCCACCUUGGGCACAGAGUGCCUGGAGAAUAAAGACAGUGAUGACGCUCUGCC